AUGACGGAGCUGACGCAGCGCAAGGUGGGGCCGUCUCCUUCUCCGUCUCCUCCUCUCUCCAAUGACGGCAAAGGCGUCCGUGUGACUGAGUUCGAUACACGUCCAGUAUGCGCCAAUGAACCUCCGCGUCGCUACGUGCAACAAGGGGAUCAGUUAUUGUCAACGGGUCAGGGUCGCGCUCGGAACGCCGGCUGCCUCACGUUGUCCGGACUGAGUCGCGAGCUACAGGAAAUGUUCUUACCGGCUGGUUAUCCGGACAGCGUGAGUGAGGACUACCUCAGCUUCCAGUUCUGGGACACAUUGCAGGCAAUGUGCAGUUACCUUCGCGGUGUGUUGGCAACGCAGUCUGUACUACAAAGUGUGGGGGUGGGAGACGACAAGGCUACGCCUCUGGCAGCAGCACUGCAAUGGGUUCUGAGGGACGGUUCGGGUAUGAUCGGCGGGUUGACCUUCGCCUACUUUGUGGGGCCCAAGUUCGACGUUAACGUUAAGCGCUGGCGGCUUUUUGCUGAUGUAAUUAACGACGUGGGCUUGACGCUCGACAUGGUUGCGCCUUACUUCCCCACUUUAGUGACCGAAGUACUCUGUGUCUCGAGUGUUUGCAAGACCAUGUGUGGAGUAGCUGCUGGUGCUACGAGGUCGUCGUUGAUGACGCACUUCGCCAAGAGGGACAAUAUGGCUGAUUGUGCUGCUAAAGAAGGGUCUCAAGAGACGGCAGUGAAGCUGUUUGGACUUCUAUUUGGCAUGUAUUUCGCCAAUGCCGUCAACUCGUCGCCUCGGGCGGUGUGGGUCGCGUUCUUGGUAUUGACGCUCGUGCACGUGUACGCGAAUUUCAACGCUGUGUCGUGUUUGUGCAUCCCCACGGUGAACUGCUCGAGAGGAUUGAUAUUGGUCCAAAGAUUCUUGACGUCGGUUAAUAAACCUGGCAAGGAGAACGUUGCCGACCAUCAUGGACGGUAUUCCAUCCGCAGUGUCAACCAGGAAGAGCCGAUCUUCAAAGACCCCGUAUUGCCAGUGACGAGUGAUUUGGUCAUGGGAUCAGAGCUCCAUCAGGCAGUUCCGACCUCGACGGACCUCGACCGACUGCUGCAGAUUUAUGAGGAUGAAACGUACUUGUUGACGGUUGUGGGUGAUCAUGUGCAUGUCAUAUUCCAAGCGGAAGCGAAGCCUAAAGACGAGCUGCGGGCUUUCUUCCAGGCUGUUUUGGUGCUCCAGGCUCUGGCUUUGGUUCCUCCUACUGCGUCGCCACCUCCGUCAACGAGCGAUGGCAGCAUCAAGCAUCAACCAUUGCUCGAAUCUACGUAUCGCAAGAUGACGUCCGACUUCCCACUGUUCCUCCAAGUGCUGCAGAAUAGCGGCUGGAGAACCCACAUGUUCCUGCUCAACACGUCAACCUGGCGGAUCAAGAUCAGUGACCGCACCUAG